UAAAACCGAAAGUAAUGCAGACGGAGCUGUAGAAGGAGAGAUGACGACUCACACCAGCGUUUAGGAUUUAACAUGGGAAGAUCAUAACAUAAUUUUGGAAUAAUAAAACGGACAUUAAAGCAGGAACAUGUGCAUGUGUUCACCAGCAAAGCUGUUUUUUAUCUAAACUCAGUGGUGGAUUAAACCGCUAGUCGCUUCCAGACGGCCGACGGUGGACCACGAGACAAGCAUUUGUAAACAGAGAGCAGUCUGCCUGUGUGUGUAUGAAGAUUAAAACUCCAUGAUGGAUCCUCCUAAUUCCAGCAGAGGAGGAAGAACCUCUGACCCAAAGGUAAAGCGUGCAGGAUCUCCAAAACCCAGCAGUUUGCCUGCGAAGAGGCGUCGGUCUACAUCUGAGCCGAUCAGCUUCAGCGGUGAAGGAGGAGCCUGUGACUCAGGAUUGCAGACUAAGAGAGCAGGUUCUCCAAUGUCCAGCUCUGUGUCUGUGAAAAGUGACCAGUCCAUGGGGGUCCCGUUUAAGUUCAGCAGUGGGGGAGCAGAGCCCAGCUCUGUGUCUAUGAAGAGUGACCAGUCCAUGGGGAUCCCGUUUAAGUUCAGCAGUGGGGGAGAAGAGCCCAGCUCUGUGUCUAUGAAGAGUGACCAGUCCAUGGGGAUCCCAUUUAAGUUCAGCAGUGGGGGAGAAGAGCCAAGCUGUGUGUCUAUGAAGAGUGAUCAGUCCAUGGGGGUCCCGUUUAAGUUCAGCAGUUCACCAGACAAGCGCUCCACAGAAGCUGCACUGCAGACACUUACACAUACACUGACUACAGGAACUGGAGACCUGCAGCACGAUUCUUACCAACCAGUGGGUGAUGUUCUGCAGAGAGUCUUAGAGAGACACAAAACAAGCCUGAAGAGCAAGUAUGAGAACUUAUGUGAGGGGAUCAAAACACAAGAAAAUAAAACUCUCCUGAACAGGAUUUACACACAGCUCUACAUCAUAGAGGGAGAGAGUGAAGGAGUGAAUGAAGAACAUGAGGUUUUACAGAUGGUGAAAAUAUCCAGGAAAUACUUACAAGACACUCCAAUCAACUGCUCAGAUAUCUUUAAACCUCUACAAGGCCCUAAUGAAAAAACUGAAGAAAAAGAUAUUAGAACUAUGAUGGCUAAAGUUGUCAAACACAAAGAAAAACAGAAAGAAAGAAACAAAGAGAGAAGAACAAAAGUUCAAAAGCCCAGAGCUGUGCUGACUAAAGGCAUCGCUGGAAUUGGAAAAACUGUCUCUGUGCAGAAGUUCAUUCUGGACUGGGCUGAAGGAAAAGCCAAUCAGGAUGUAGAUUUCAUGUUUGUGCUUCCAUUCCGGGAGCUGAACUUGAUUAAAGAUGAUCAAUACAGUCUUCAUGGACUUCUGUGUGCCUUCCAUCCUGAGCUCAAAGAUCUGGACCCAAAGAUUUAUGAUCAGCUCAAAGCUGUGUGUAUAUUUGAUGGUCUGGAUGAAAGCAGAAUUCCGCUGGACUUUGAAGAGUGUGAGCAAGUAUCUGAAAUCACCAUGACAUCAUCAGUGGGUGUGUUGAUGACAAACCUCAUCGAAGGAGAGCUGCUUCCCUCUGCUCUAAUCUGGAUAACUUCCCGACCAGCAGCAGCCAAUCAGAUACCUCCUGAACACAUCAACCGUAUGACAGAAAUUCAGGGAUUCAGUGACCCACAGAAGGAGGAGUACUUUAGGAAGAGGAUCAGUGAUGAAGACCAAGCCAAGAGAAUCAUCUCCCACAUUAAGACAGCGAGGAGCCUCCACAUCAUGUGCCACAUUCCAGUCUUCUGCUGGAUCUCAGCCACUGUUCUUCAGCAAAUCAUCAAACAACAUAAUACUAAAAUCCCUAAAACUCUGACUGAAAUGUACUCACACUUCCUGCUCACUCAGACAAACAUGAAGAAUGAGAAGUAUGAAGAGAAAGCUGAGAGAGACCCAAAGAACCUGCUGGAGUCCAACAGAACCAUUCUUCUGAAACUGGCUGAACUGGCUUUCAAACAGCUGAUGAAGGGCAAUGUAAUGUUCUAUGAAGAGGACCUGAGAGAGAGCAGCAUUGAUGUCACUGAGGCCUCAGUGUAUUCUGGGAUUUUCACUGAGAUCUUUAAGGAGGAAUGUGUGCUUUACCAGAGGAAGGUCUACUGCUUUGUUCAUCUGAGCUUUCAGGAGUUCCUGGCUGCUGUUUAUGUGUUUCACUGCUAUGAGAGCAACAACAUGGAGAUACUGCAGUGUUUUAGACCACAACACAGAGAAUGGUCUCAGAAUGUUUUACUGGAUGAUUUGCUGGAGGGAGCAGUGAAUAGAACGUUAGACAGUGAGAAUGGACACUUGGAUCUAUUUCUCCGUUUUCUGCUGGGCAUCUCAGUGGAGUCCAAUCAGAGACUUUUACAAGGCCUACUGAGACACACACAGAGUAGCUCAGAAAACUUUAGUAAGACAGCGCAGUACAUCAAACAACAAAUACAAAGAGGGCAUCUCCCUAUUAACAGAUCCAUCAAUCUGUUUCUCUGUCUGUCUGAAAUGAAUGACAAGUCCCUCUGCAGAGAGAUUAAGAAGCAUCUUAAUUCAGAGAAAUACUCAGAAAAGAAGCUCACACCUGCACAGUGUUCAGCACUAGCCUGUAUGCUUCUGACAUCAGAAGAGGUGAUGGAGGAGUUGGACCUGAAGAAAUACAGCACAUCAGAGGAGGGUUAUAAGAGGAUAUUCCCAGCUGUGAAUGUCUACAAAAAGGCUAUACUAGCUGGAUAUUGUCUCACCAAGAACUCCUGUGAAACUCUCUGCUCUGCUUUACAAUCAGUAAACUCUGCCCUGAGAGAUCUGGAUCUCAGUAACAAUGACGUGCAGGAUUCAGGAGCAGAGCUGCUCUCUGCUGCACUGAAAAGUUCACACUGUAAACUGGAGAUACUCAGACUAGCUGGAUGUUGUCUCACCAAGAACUCCUGUGAAACUCUCUGUUCUGCUUUACAAUCAGUAAACUCUGCCCUGAGAGAUCUGGAUCUCAGUAACAAUUACCUGCAGGAUUCAGGAGCAGAGCUGCUCUCUGCUGCACUGAAGAGUUCACACUGUAAACUGGAGGUACUCAGACUAGCUGGAUGUUAUCUCACCAAGAGCUCCUGUGAAACUCUAUGCUCUGCUUUGCAAUCAUCAAACCCCUCCCACCUGAGAGAGCUGGAUCUGACCUAUAAUCACCCAGGAGAGUCUGGAGUGAAGCUGCUCUCUGAUCUACUAGAGGAUCCACACUGCACACUAGAUACACUUAGGAUGGAAUAUGGAGGGGAAAUCAGGAUGAAACCAGGACUGAAGAAAUAUGCCUGUGUUCUCACUCUGGACCCAAACACAGCACACAGAGGCCUCUCUGUGUCUGAGGGGAACAGAAAGGUGGAGAACGUUGGAGAGGAGCAGCCGUAUCCAGACCAUCCAGAACGAUUUGAACACCAUCCACAGGUUCUGUGUAGAGAGAGUCUGACUGGACGGUGUUACUGGGAGGCUGAGUGGACGGGAAAGAGGGCUUUUAUAUCAGUGUUGUACAGAGGGAUCCAAAGGAAAGGAGACUGUGACUGUCUGUUUGGAAAUAAUGACACAUCCUGGAGUCUGAACUGUUAUAAUAACAGUUACUCUGUCUGUCACAAUAAUACGAGGACUGUCAUACCUGACCCUCCCUCCAGUUCCCCUAUAAUAGGGGUGUAUGUGGACUGGCUGGCUGGCGCUCUGUCCUUCUACAGCGUCUCACCCGACACACAGACCCUGACCCACUUAUACACAUUCAACACUAAAUUCACUGAGCCGCUCUGUGCUGGGCUCUGGGUUGGUGAAGACUCCUCAGUACAUGUACGUGAGAUAGAAUAGUGUCUGUGUAGAGUUUAUUAUUACGUUUAUGUGAGAGAUACUGCAGAGUCCUCUCUCCCUCUCUCUCUCUCUCUCUCGUUCUUUCUCAUUUGUCUUUUCUGUUUCUCUUUAAUGGUGCAUUUACAUUUGUAUUUCAGUUCCUUUCAUCCGGACCAAAGCAGGAAGUGAUAACACUGUUUUUAUUUUAGUUAUGGUUCUCUUAACCUUCACUCCGAUGUAUUUGACAUUGAACUAAAAGACGUAACCAAAAGUCAUACAUAUAAAAAAACUUCACAGCAGAUUUUAUGUUGUUCAUUUGGUGACAAUAACUCAGAUAAUAUCUAGUGAUCUCUUUGGACCAAUCGUAUGCUAAAAAAAAUAAAAAGAUAAAAGUCAAAUUACAUUUUUAAGUGAAAAGCACAUCUUCUACAGAGACCAUCCGACUUUAAUGUACAAUUACUGUUUAAUUAAUUUAACAUAUUGAAAAAAUAAACAUAAAAUGUGGCCUGUGUAAAAGUUUUUACUUUUUAUAAAAGUUAAAGACAUUCAAGUAUGAAUGCUGGUCCAUGUUUUGAGCAUUUUGAGCUCAUGUUUUAAGUUGAAAUCCUUAAAUUAGGACUUGAAAGUUGAGCCUCUAGUUCAGAGGUCACUAAUAGGCGGACCGUAGUCUGACUCCAGACCCAGACGCUAUAUGGACCUGUAACUGAUAAAUUAUGGAGAAUUAUUUAAUUUAGGCAGGGUGGUUCUAUUUUAAUCAGCGUAACUUUUCUAACCUUUAUGGUAGCUUUAGCGACCCAGGAGACUCACAGACCAAUUGCAUACAUUAUAAAUAUCACACGUGACGCUACUCAGCCAAUCAGAUCUAUGCAUUACGAUGAGCUCUGACACUCGAGUGAGUCAGAGGGAGGUUAUGUCACAGGGCGUGAUCUAAAAAGAGAAAACGGACAAUAAAUGUUGUUGAAAUAUGACUGAAUUGUGCUUUAUUUGAUUUGAUAUUCAGUUGUU